ACUCGUGAUGGCUCUGCAACCCAGCUCGCGCGCGUGGGCCCCAGUGCCUUGCGAGAACCCAUCAGCAGCACCCUGUCACCGCUCACUGCACGUGUGUGCUGUGCGCAAGGACUCGCUCUUCAUCUUCGGAGGGUACGACGGCUCCAACCGCAUUAACGACUUUUACGAGUUCAACUUCAAGCGUAAAUUAUGGUCAGUAGUGCUGGCCAUUGGCUCGGCGCCAAGCCCGCGCGACCGCCAUGUGGCGGUGGUCUACAAAGACUCGUUCUACGUGUUCGCGGGCUUUGACGGCAGCUCGCGCGUCAACGACUUCAUCGAGUACAAUUUCUUGACGCAGAGAUGGAGCAACGUUGUGGUUAGUGCUGGUCUGCCACCCACAGCUCGACACAGUCAUGCUGCGGUGGUGUAUGACAAAUCAAUGUACUGCUUUGGAGGAUACGACGGAAGCUACAGAAACGACUUCCACGAGUUCAACUUUGAAACCAACACUUGGUCGCUAGUGGCAGCCACCGGGCGCGUUCCGAGACCUAGGUAUCGGUCCUCCUUGGUAGUGCAUAACCACACAUGCGUGCUAUUUGGCGGUCAUGAUGGCUCUCGUCACCUCAACGAUGUUCAUGUAUAUGACUUUGACACACGAGUGUGGUCGUUGCUGGCAACCGAGGGUCCAGCACCAAUUGCUCGUGAUAGUCACGUGGCUGUCAUCCACUCGAACUCCAUGUACAUAUUCGGUGGCAGCACGGGGACUGCAGUAAACGAUUUCUACGAGCUCGAUCUGGAGGUGAAUACGUGGCAACCGAUGCAGUUUAACGGUCAGCCGCCAGGACAGCGCUUUUGUCACGUUGGAACCGCUUACGACUCGAGCCUCAUCAUCUUCGGAGGUUACGACGGAAGUAGUCGGCUUAACGACUUCAAGCAGUUCCGUUUUGGAGAGGAAGAGUUCCAACUGGAGAUUCCUGAGAGCACACUGAUUAAUGAUCUGAGGAUGCUGGUGAACAACGACGUCAUGAGUGAUGUGACGUUUGUCGUGGAGGGAAUUCCCGUGUACGGGCACAAGAUUUUGUGUAUUCGCUGCAGCUACUUCAACGCGAUGCUGACAGGAGAGAUGCUGGAGAGUCGAGCGCGAGAGAUCCAGAUCACAGACGUGCGUCGUCCCAUCUUUAUUUCUUUGAUGGAAUAUCUCUACACGGAUUAUUUGGACGUCGCCGUGGACGUGGCAAUGGAAUUGUUCGUCACUGCUGAUCGGUAUGGAGUUGAACGCUUGAAGCGCAUCUGUGAAAGUAAAAUGCUGGGAUCGCUAUGCGUGGAAAAUGCUGCUAGUAUUUUCCACGCUGCCGAUCUACAUAACGCGACAGUGCUGCGAGACCAGUGCGUCACCUUCAUGCUGCACAACUUUGACGCCGUGACGAAGACUGAUGCUUUCGAAGAAAUGGGCCGAACCAAUGUUGAAUUGGUCUUCGAACUGCUGAAGCGCCGCUAGGAUGGAAGUAGCGGAAGUGCCAAGUGCAAUGCUUUCUUGUCAGAUUUUAUAGAAUAUAUACGCUGAAC